AACCCGAAACUCGCAUCACUCGUCGACCAGGAUGAACGGCUUCCGAUACACUGGGCCUGCGCAUUCAAUCAUCUCGACAUUGUCAAACUCCUCACAUCUACACGAUCCUUCGAUCCAGAUGCACAAGACGGCUCGGGAUGGACGCCACUUGCCAUUGCGGCCAGUUUGAAAGACAACAGUGGCGAAGAGAUCAUUGAGCUGUUACUAUCGAAAGAGGCUGAUGCCAAGAUCCCUACAAACUCUGGUGCGACGGCACUACAUUUCGCUGUCUCGAAGGGUAAUCUCGAAAUCUGCAAGACACUGUUCAAGCAUGGGGCUUCCGCCAGGACAAAGGACAAGCGAGGACAAUUGCCAUUGCACAGAGCCGCGGCGGCUGGCAGCGUUCCAAUUGUGAAACUGUUACUCCAGCACAAAAGUCCUAUCAAUGCGACUGAUAUGGAUGGAAUGACGGCUUUGCACCACGCUAUCAGCGAAGGAAAUGGAGAUGUGGCCAUCGAGCUGCUGAAAGCUGGCGCAGAGACGGACAAAAAAGACAGUGAUGGAAGACUUGCCAUCGAGUACGUUCCUGACGCCAAAGUACGAUCCUACAUAUUAAAAGCUGCCGAAAGAGAGGGUAUCAAUUUGGAGUGA